AUGCCUUCUCGCCCUUCAGUCGUCGGCCCGGACGCCGGCCCCGAGGCCCCUUAUCCGCUUCAUAUGGAAGGCAAGGUCAUUUCUGGUUUCGGACGCGGCUCCAAAGAGCUUGGCAUCCCUACCGCCAACCUUCCCGUCGAUGAAGCUCUGACCCCUUGGAUCUCAAAUAUGGCAUCAGGCGUCUACUUUGGCUAUGCCUCUCUCGCGCUUCCUUCUGAGCAUCCCGAUGCUCCUUCAUCAGCGUCAUCCAACGCUGCUCCCCAAAAUGGCACAGAGGACGCUCUUCUCUCAGCUGGAGCUCCCGCUAACCCCCCAUUCCACAUCUUCCCCAUGGUUAUGUCUAUUGGUUACAAUCCCUUCUACAAGAACAAGGUCCGUAGUGCCGAGGUUCACGUGCUACAUAAGUUCACUGCAGACUUCUACGAUGUGCCUAUGCGCCUGCUCAUUCUCGGCUUCAUCCGUGAGGAGAAAGACUAUAAGAGUCUGGAGGCUCUUAUUGAGGAUAUCAACUUUGAUUGCGAAGUUGCAAAGAACAGCCUUGCUCGUGAGGCAUGGGCCCCUGAGAAGGGCCGUGUUAUCAGUGGGGGUAACUUGGAUGUCCAGUGGUUAGUUCGUGAUGCUUAG